UAAAUGUUUGUCUUGACAUGAUCGGCUGUGUGAUUCACUCAGCUCUGUACGGAGGAAUGCAGCAGUCAUAGCCGGGCUCACGUGAAACUCAAGGUUGCCAUCAUUAUUCCAGUCAGCUAACCAUGGCUGGCUUCAGGCAAGAGGAUGUUGACUUGUACUAUGAGAUGGGAGAGGAGCUGGGCAGCGGGCAGUUUGCCAUAGUCCGUAAGUGUAAAGAGAAGAGCACAGGCAUUGAAUAUGCUGCCAAGUUCAUCAAGAAACGGCGGCUGUCGUCCAGCCGGCGGGGAGUGAGUCGCGAGGAGAUCGAGCGUGAAGUCAAUAUCCUGCGGGAGAUCCAGCACAGCAACAUCAUCACAUUGCACGACAUCUUUGAAAACAAAACAGAUGUGAUCCUGAUCUUGGAGCUAGUGUCUGGAGGAGAGCUGUUUGACUUCCUGGCUGAGAAGGAGUCUCUGACCGAGGAAGAGGCCACCCAGUUCCUGAAGCAGAUCCUGGAUGGCGUUCAGUACCUUCACUCCAAACGCAUCGCACACUUUGACCUGAAGCCUGAGAACAUCAUGCUGCUGGAUAAAAAUGUCCCAAACCCCAGGAUCAAACUGAUUGACUUCGGGAUUGCUCAUCAGAUCAAAGCUGGAAAUGAGUUCAAGAACAUUUUUGGAACACCAGAGUUUGUCGCCCCAGAAAUAGUCAACUACGAGCCUCUGGGCCUGGAGGCAGAUAUGUGGAGCAUCGGUGUGAUCACAUAUAUCCUGUUGAGCGGAGCUUCACCAUUCCUGGGCGAGACCAAGCAGGAGACCCUGACCAACAUCUCAGCUGUCAACUAUGACUUCGACGAGGAGUAUUUCAGCAACACCAGCGAACUGGCCAAAGACUUCAUCCGCCGCCUGCUGGUCAAGGACCCCAAGAAGAGAAUGACAAUAGAUGACAGCCUCGAGCACCCAUGGAUUAAGGUGAUUAAGAGGAGGAACGUGCGCCAAGAGGAGCGAGACCACAAGACCGAGCGCAGACGCCUGAAGACCACUCGUCUGAAGGAGUACACCAUCAAGUCCCACUCCAGCAUGCCUCCCAACAACACCUAUGUCAAUUUCGAGCGCUUCUCUCAGGUGCUAGAGGAGAUCGCAGCUGCCGAGGAAGGACUGAGGGACCUGGAGCGCAACCAGCGGUCCUGCAGGGAGGACGUGGCCGCACUCCUGUCCAUAUACGAAGAGAAGGAGGGCUGGUACAAAGAGGAGAACCAGAGCAUCUCCAGCGACCUCAACCACAUCCGGCAGGAGCUGCAGCGCGCCCAGGCUCAGCGGAAGAAGAGCCAGGAGGAGGCGCGCUUCACCAUGCAGUCCGCCAACAUCCUCAAGCGCAAGUUCGGCCGCCUGGAGAACCGCUACGAGGUCCUGGCCGAGCAGGUGGCGUCCGAAGUGCGCUGGGUGGAGGAGCUGGUCAAGUCCAUAUCCGCAGAGAAGGGCGGGCUCGGCUCCGGCAGCAUGCCCUGAGCCGGCCUCCCACAUCCCACAGACAUUUUCACGCUCAAGUCUGGUCCUGCCCGCGUCCUCCGCCUGCGAGCCGCACGGCCGAGUCUUAGCGGGUCAGUCGUCAUCAUAAGCUACGCUGCUGCCCUUCGGGAAAAACGCUCCACUUUUUUGAAGCCAGUUGAGAGAACCAGCAUGAAGCAGAGAGGCAAUACGCUGAACCAUUCCUCUUUAAAAAUCCUCAUUCCUGUUUUAUACAUUAAUUUAUAAUUUUAUAGAUUUUAUGUACUGUAGUUCAGCUGCCAGUUAUCCACAUGGUUUGCGAACAAUGCUGGUAUGUUUUUUAUUUGUUUAUUUUUUUUUUGUCGCUGGCAGUGUAUAUGUAUUUUUCUUAGCCUGAUUAUCAUUUCAUCUCAGUUUAUUUUAGUAACCGUAGAUACCCACUUGUGUUGUGUUGCGGCUUCAGGUUUCUUAGUCAUGUGAUAAAGCGCUCUGCUUCACAAUCUGCAUCUUUUCAGUUUUCGGUUUGAGCAGAGUUCAGAGGUAUUUAGUGUAUGCGUCCAGAAUGAAUGUCGAGGAAAGCGAUGCAAUAAAUCUAAACCUUGAAAGUCAUGUAUAAACUCAUCUUUGCAGUGCCUGUAAACUAUUUAACCUUAUUGCCUCUGCAUCUGUCAUGGAGUUCAUGACAUUUCUAUCACAUUGAUAUAUCUCUUAAACAACCUUUGCACAGCAGCCUUGAAUACCAAAUUGUGUGCAUGGAAACUUCUUUAUGUUACUGGACAGUCACUCUGUUAGUGUUUCCAUUUCAUUCUGACCAUUGCCAUACACUUUAAACAUUCCAUCGUGAACUUUUUCAUCUAGGCAGCACAUUCCUCAUGUUUAGCAUAGAGUAUAUGUAUGUAGUAUAUACAGUCAGUAGGGACAUGUACUCAUUUGCACUUAAAUGAUUAUAGCAUUGUUCCAAUCUAUAUUUUAAUCUGUCUCUGAGAUGUAAAGAAGAGUUGUAAAGGUCUCAGCUCAUUUCAAAUAAACAGUUAUAUGUUACCAUG